AUGAUCCCCGCGAAGCUGCGUCACAAACGCCCGGCGCAUCAGGCCGAAGAGGAGGAAGACCAGCCCGAGCCCGGCACCCCGCACGCGGCACAGCAGCACCCGGCGCGCGACACGCGCAGCGUCGCGGGCGACCUAGAGGACGAGGGCGCUGAGAAGCAAGCCAAGUCGCUGCGCAUCACCACCUCGAAGAUCCUGGGGACCGCGCAGCCGCGCAAGCCGCGGAUCGGCCCGGAGUUCCAGGCCGCGAUCCCGCCGGUCCCGCAGGCGCCGCCGCCGCGCACGCGCCCGCAGGCGGCGCAGGAUCUCUGCCACGACAGCCAAGAGAAGCAGCAGGCGCCAACAAGUCACGCCCUGACAGGCAUAGCCCCAAUGGAUCAGGAGUGA